AUGGUUACUAGUAAAAUAAUUGAUUAUUUUAGAUUAAAGGAUAUUGUGAAUCAAAGAAUUGUGUAUGAGUUACCUUUAAACUACACUGAUUUACAAUCGUCGUCGUCGUCGUCCUCCUCCACUAUUAAGGUAGCUAUUACCAUUACUUCUAAAUUUGAUAAGAACUUGCACAAUGAAAAAGAGGGUUUUGAAAAAGUCUUAUUACCUGAAAAACCAAAGCUAAUUGUUUAUUUGCAAGGUGGGCCUGGGUUCCCAUGUCCAGUUCCUACAUCCAAUCUGGGGAAAACCAAAGUUCUAUUGGAGAAAGGAUAUCAGAUUGUUUACCUAGAUCAAAGAGGCACUGGUUUAAGUACUCCUUUAGAAGUCAAUACAUUUAGAGAUUUGGUUUUAAAAGAGUAUGGGAAUUUUGAAGUGGACACUCAAUUGAAAUUCAUUUUAAACUUCCGUGCUGACUCAAUAGUUCGUGAUUUAGAGCAAAUUAGAAAGGAUUUGAUUGGAAAUCAUCACAAGUGGUCAAUAAUGGGUCAAUCUUAUGGUGGGUUUUGCUGUUUCACUUAUUUGUCUUUGUUCCCAGAAUCUAUUAGUGAAGUUAUUAUUACAGGAGGUGUGCCACCUGUUCAAUUUGAAGCAGAUGAUGUAUACAGGGCAACAUAUCAAAGAACAAUUGAAAGAAAUUUGCACUACUAUGACAAGUACCCUAGAGACCAAAGUAAAGUCGUUAGGAUUUGUGAAUACUUGCAUACCAAUACGGUUACUUUACCUAAUGGUGGUAAUUUAUCUGUUGAGAGAUUUCAACAAUUGGGUUUAAGAUUUGGUGGCACAGGUGGCACAGACAGUAUUCAUCUUAUUGUCAGUAAAUUUGAUUACGAUUUGGACUUGUUUGGGUACCCAACUUAUGAUUUGUUAAACACCAUUCAACAAUUCUUAGGCUUCGAAACAAAUGUGAUUUAUGCUUUGUUUCAAGAGGCGAUCUAUUGUAAUCAGAACUUUAAGAGCAAUUGGACUGCGGAUCGGUUGAGAUAUACCCUGGAAAACGAAAAAUUGUUUACUUUGAACAAGGAUCGAAUUUUCUUUACUGGGGAGAUGGUAUACAAGUCCAUGUUUGACGAUUACAGCGAAUUGAGACCCUUUAAAGAGCUAGCAUAUGCUUUACAUGAACUUUCUGAAUGGUCAGUCAUUUAUGAUCCCAAAGUUUUGAAAACUAUCACCUGGGAUAAAGUACCAAUUGUUGCGGCCACCUACUUUGAUGACCAAUAUGUCGAUUUUGAAAUAACAAGAAAAGUCAAACAAGAAAUAAUCCCUCGUGGAAAUUUAAGACAAUUCAUCACUAAUGAGUACUUUCAUAAUGGGUUAGGACAAGAUCCUGAAACUAUUUUGUCUUCAUUAUUUGAUUUACUCGACAGAGAAAUAGAUUAA